UGGACUGUGAAAGAUAUAUUAAAACUUCACAGUCAAGAGUUAAACACCGUUGAAAUGUUUGCCGAGAAGUCAUGUAGCACAUCCGAGCUCAGUCAGUGGAACUAAGCUCUAGCGGUUUACUUCAAUGCUAUUACAGCUGUUCAAGAUAGGACUGGACACAAUUCCAGCAUGCAAGCUUGAUGCUGUCAGAACCAACAGAACUGCAAACUUGGCCACAGGAACGUCCCACCUACUUUUUUAGAAGUGAAUCAGUGCUACAGCGGGGCAGUUUAUUGAAUGAAUUGGAGGUCACACCAACAGCAAACACAGACAUCAUGAAUUCCCAUAGCAGCUUUGGGUGCAACUUUAUGUUUGAUUCCAUCAAUGAUGAACUAAGUGCAUCUUUGACCACAGCUGACGAACUCUCACGGGAGUUCAGCUUGCUCCUACAGGAAUCCACUCCUGUUGUGCAAACCACCACUGAACAGAGUUCUGGCCCCAAAUCCCAGAAUGGUAGUGUUGGGAACAGCAGUUUGUACAGCGCAAACAAAAAUGUCAGUGAAAACAUCCAGGGGAGCUCCACAAGCAGCCUGACCACAGUUCCCAGCCAACACUCCCUGAACUCCACCCUCAACAGGAAAGACUCUAACCUGGAUGUGCUUCCUGCCAUCGUGCUUGGGCCGUCAUCUCCUGCACCAAACCUGGACUCAUCUCCCAGCCCUUUAACCCAGCAGCACUCACCAUUUUCAUCACCGAGUACUAUUAGACGAGCACAACCAAUGCCCCUGAGGCCUCAAAAUCCUAGAGGAUUACUGAGCUAUAGGGAGCAACCACCCAUUUCCAGUCCCACCUGUGACAACAAAACCUCUCACAGCUUGCUGCAGUCCUCAGCUAGUCCCUUGGCUAUGUAUGACUCUUCAAGUCUCAGGUCUUCGAGGUUGGAUAGAACGUCUUCCCCUCAACCUUUCAAUCAACCAGCUGCCAGUACCCUACCACGCAAUUUCCAGCCAUUCAGACCCUCGGAAGAGGGAAUUCAGAGAGAGAAGAGCCCCUCUAAGUGGAACGAGACAGACCUGGAUGUGCCAUUUGAUAGAAGGCCUCACCAAAGUUAUGACAAGAAUGAAUGGAUAAGACCAUCUGUACCCAACAGCAAUUGGAAAGAAUCUAAUGUGGAUGCACCUCCUUCCGCUAAGAAGGAUACCGUGCCCCACCAGCUCUCAUCCUCUUUCAGCUCACUCCCACGGAACACCCAUAUCUCAGAGUCCCCUGAUCUCGCCUUAACCACCAGCUUUCCUUAUGGCCCUCAGCCAAUCAUUUCCCGUAUCUCCAUUCCACCUGCAACCUCUGGAGUCCGGCAGCAUAGGCCCAUCCCACUGUCCUUUAUAAUGAGGCUACAAAACCCCUGCUAUGCUGCAGAUGCCUCCAGAUAUGCCCCUGGUCCAGUGAAAGACCCACAGCAAGGCCAACAUCUUCCCUUGCCCAGAGAGCACUUGCAGCAAGGUCAGAUCCCUCAACCUCAGAAACAGCCUGCCUAUUACAAAGAAGCAGUUCUUCACCCUGGAGAUGUUGAAGCUGAGCUUGACAGACAGGAUAGCACUACAAUAGAAGGCCCUGUGUGCUUGACUGACCAAAGCAAGAAACCAGAAGAAGAGGGUAAAGAAGAUCCAGAGAUGCUCCCUCGCCCACUCAGCCCCACUCGCCUGCAGCCUGUGAUUGCCCCUGAGGCGGAGCUAUUUGGAGACCUAGAGGAUGUGAUGCGGAUUCGGGCCGAGUUCCCGAGGGCCCUUAAGAGAAGGGGCUCUGCUGAUGUUUCUCAGCCCCUGACAGAUUUGCCUGUUUCCCAACCCAACUAUUACAAGCAGAUGAUGAAUAAAAUGUUUCGCAGGAAGGCCCUCUACAUCAAGGAGGAACAGUUUGUUACUGAAAAGGGCAACUCUUCAGAUGGAGAGUCCCAAGUCUACAACAGUCCCAAAUCUACAACAGAACCUCCGUUUCCAAUCACAGAGAUCCAGGUCAUCUCUGAACAAAAGAGCCUUCACUCUAUCUUGCGGAAAGCCAGAAAAGCCAAAUCGUUCAGCCGGAGAGCUCGCCUGAGCCCACUGGUGCUGAUGUUGGAUGGGGCUUUAGUAGGAGAAUUAGAAACUGUACAGAGGGCUGCAAAGGAGAUGAGUGACCCAAGUCAGGCUAAUGAUGAAGGCAUCACGGCCCUUCAUAAUGCCAUCUGCGCUUUACAAUUCCCAGUAGUCGAAUUUCUGGUGCGGAUAGGGGCUAACGUUAGCGCUCAAGACAGCCACGGCUGGACUCCUCUGCACUGUGCUGCAUCCUGUAAUGACCGUAAAAUGUGCGAGUUCCUGGUGCGGAACGGGGCAGCGGUGAUGGCAGUAACAGACAGCGAUGGUGCCACAGCAGCACAGAAGUGUGACCCGUAUGCUCCGGGCUUCGAGGAGUGUGAGAGCUUCUUGAAGGGCGUGGAGGAAGCCAUGGGCGUGGAGAACAGUGGGGUGGUGUACAGUCUAUGGGAAUAUCCUUCCCAGGCUCCAGACGAGUUGAGCUUCAAAGAAGGAGACAUGGUCACCAUCCUGCAGAAGCCUGAGGGGGUGGACUGGUGGUGGGCUUCACUAUGUGGCAGAGAGGGCUUUGUACCAAACAACUACUUUGGGCUAUUUCCAAAAGUGCGGCCCAAGUCACCGUGCAAAAGCACAGAAUCUAGGUAAUAGACUCUGAUCCAUGCCUGGCAAAUCUGAGAUCCCUUUUUUUUUUUUUUUAAAA